GCGGAGAGUGGUGCGAAGACAGGGGAGACCUGGCGGGGACUGCAGCGGGGAUGGCAGCGACGGCCACGGCAGCGGAGAGGUUAACCCGGCUGGGGGGGGCCGCGGGCCCGGCAGCAGCGGCGGCGGCGCCCCAUUAAAGCGCUCCCGACCGCUCCCCCUCCCCCUCCCUCCCAGCGCCGCAUCACCAUAGAGACGGCGGGCGCCGUGCGCGCCAUGGGCAGCGGCCGGAGCCGGAGCCGCGGGUCGCAGCGGUAACCCCCGCCCGCAGGCUGCAGAGAACAAAGAUCCAGCAUCAUGUAUCUGUAGACCUUAUUUUUUCCAGAAAGGAAAAUUUCAGCCUCAGGUUAAAUGGAAGCCACCUCUGGGAACUGGUUGAUCUGUACUGACGUAGACUCUGCAUAGCAACUACACUGCAUCAGGAGGUUGCAAUGAGUGGAGGAGGGGAGCAGCCAGACAUCCUCAGUGUGGGAACUUUAGUCAAAGAAAGAUGGAAAGUGUUGAGGAAGAUAGGAGGUGGGGGGUUUGGAGAAAUUUACGAUGCUCUGGACUUGCUCACCCGAGAAAAUGUUGCGCUGAAGGUGGAGUCAGCACAACAGCCAAAGCAAGUUCUGAAAAUGGAAGUGGCUGUAUUAAAGAAACUGCAAGGGAAAGACCAUGUCUGUAGAUUCAUUGGGUGUGGAAGGAACGAUAGGUUUAACUAUGUGGUCAUGCAGUUACAGGGCCGGAACUUGGCAGAUCUGCGUCGAAGUCAGUCUCGAGGAACCUUUACCGUCAGUACCACUUUGCGACUGGGACGACAGAUUUUGGAGUCCAUUGAGAGCAUUCACUCAGUGGGAUUCUUGCACAGGGACAUUAAACCAUCGAACUUCGCCAUGGGGCGUUUCCCAAGCACCUGUAGGAAGUGUUACAUGUUGGAUUUUGGCUUGGCACGACAAUUUACAAAUUCAUGUGGGGAUGUCAGACCACCACGAGCUGUUGCUGGUUUUCGAGGAACAGUACGGUAUGCGUCAAUCAAUGCCCACAGAAACAGGGAAAUGGGGCGACAUGAUGACCUCUGGUCCCUGUUCUACAUGUUGGUGGAGUUUGUGGUUGGACAACUGCCUUGGAGGAAAAUAAAAGACAAGGAGCAAGUGGGCUCUAUUAAAGAGAGGUAUGAGCAUCGGCUCAUGUUGAAACAUCUGCCUCAAGAAUUCAACAUCUUUCUAGAUCAUAUCUCCAAUUUAGAGUACUUCACAAAGCCUGAUUACCAGCUUCUCAUGUCUGUGUUUGACAAUAGCAUGAAAACCUUUGGGGUUAUUGAAAGUGACCCUUUUGAUUGGGAGAAGAGUGGGACUGAUGGUUCUUUGACAACAACAACAACUUCAACUACGCCUCAGUUACAUACUCGUCUGACUCCAGCUGCAAUUGGAAUUGCCAAUGCCACACCUAUCCCAGGAGACCUGCUGCGAGAGAAUACAGAUGAGGUGUUUCCUGAUGAGCAGCUCAGUGAUGGAGAGAAUGGUAUCCCUGUUGGAGUUUCACCUGAAAAGCUACCUGGCUCACCUGGACAUCAACGUCUUCAGGAAAAAGAUGUCUGGGAGGAGAUGGAUGCCAACAGAAACAAGAUAAAGCUGGGCAUCUGUAAGGCUGCUACCGAGGAGGAAAAUAGCCAUGGGCCAGUGAAUGGAAUUCUUAAUGCACCAAGCCUCGGCUCUCCAAUUCGAGUCCGUUCAGAGACCACGCAACUAGAUAGGGAUGUCCCAUUGGUACGAAAAUUACGUUCAAUCCACAGCUUUGAACUGGAGAAGCGCCUGACCUUGGAGUCAAAGCCAGACGCUGAUAAAUUUCUUGAGACCUGCUUGGAGAAGAUGCAGAAAGACUCAAAUGUUGGGAAAGAAACUGCUGUUGCUGCUCCUUCUCCUCUUCCUCAGAAAAUGCGUGUUCCUGCUGUGACUGUCCGCACUGACCACAUCUGGCAUUAUGAUGAAGAAUACCUCCCUGAUGCUUCUAAGCCUGCCUCAGCCAGUUCUCCAGAACAGGUCAAUGGUGUUGUUAGCAAUGGAUUUGUAGCUGUCAAUCUGAGCUCCUGCCGGCAGGAGGUUGAUUCCAAGGAGUGGGUGAUAGUAGAUAAGGAACGGGACCUGCAGGAUUUCAGGACCAAUGGGGCUUUAGUGCAUAAAACAACUGGAAGUCCCUCAGAUGAAGAGCCUGAGGUGCUACAAGUCCUAGAGGAGUCCCCCCAAGAGGAGCAUGUCAGACAAGGUACUUGGGCAGCAAACAACAUCCAUACCAAGAAUGAACCCUUGGGAGUGGAGCUUGGCCUAGCUGUUGAGUGUCAUGCUGUUGCUGCUUCUGAACAGCUUACAGAUAAACUAGAACUUCUGUGUGGAGCUGGUGCUCAGUUUCUUGCAGCCACACCUACAAGUCCAAUGGAGGCUCAGGCAGAAGGAGCACUCACUCCGCUCAACUCAUCUCAUAUGCUGCAUUUCUCUACUCCAAGAAUUUCCAGUCCCAUCUUCCGCACCCUGAGCCCUAUAGCCCUUCUGUCUACCCACUUGGACUCUAAGAAAGAGACUGGGUUACCCAGGAGUCAAACAGCAGAGGGUCAGUCUUCCUCUUCCUGCUCAGCUGGCCGUAGGCAACUUCCUGUCAUUCCCAGUGGCAACAAGUUUCCCCCUGUCAUUCGCAUCUCAAAAGCACAACUCCAGCAGAUAACCAUACUCAGGCCUUCAGUGGCAUCCACCCAGUCUGCUUCUGAGAGCUUUCAUUAUGGCCACCAGCUAGAGAAGAGAGACCAGGACAGUCAGCCUAUGGAAAACACUGUGGAACUUUCUUCUCCUAAGGAGAAUUUUCUUGGAUUGAUAGUGACAGACAGUGCACUUCCAAAUAGUGCCAGCAGACCAGAUUUGGUGCUUCAGUUAGAUCAUAUCAGCCAGGAGGGGCUUGGGAGAGAAGAACAUGUCAAAGAAUGUGUCAAAUUAAUAGAGUAUGGCCAAAAGGAUGUAUUUGAACAAAAUAGCAGGAGGCACAAAGAGGAAGACCCUGAACAUCUCCCUAUAAAAUCUGAAGAAGAAAGGCUUCCCAUCAUUUCUGAGGAUGCCAUUGAAAUACUAAGCAAAGGGCAGAAUUCUCCUCCACUAGCAAACUCAAAAUCUGUAGAGGAGGAACCUCCAGCCACUGUUGAAUCUGCUGAAGAAUCAAAGCCAAGGACUUCUUGCUUGGUGCCAAAUCAAGAUGCAGACCCUGAAGUUCUGAAAUCAACAGGAGCUGAAAGGACAGAUGUUGUUCCAUCAAGAGUUAUUGACCCAUUUGCUGAGAGAGAAGGAAAACAAAUAGUAGCAGUGCAGGAAAAUGGUUUCCAUGAUAAUGAGGAAAAUGAUCAUGCUGAAGACUUGAAAUGCCACCAAGUGGCGCUUACUACUUUUUUGCAUCAGGAGGGCAAAAGAGAGAAAAAUGCCCCAAGAAAUGGAGAAUUGUUUCAUUGCAUUUCAGAGAAUGAGAGUUCUCAUCAGUCCAAGAAAGACAUAGCUAGAUCACCCUUUGUGUUCAGGCAGAGUCGCAUACCGGUUUUAGCACAAGAGAUAGACUUGACAUCAGAAUCCACUUCUCCUGUGUCAGCAAAGGAAAAACUUCUCUUAAAGAAGGCACAUCAGACAGACUUGGUCAGGCUACUUGUGGAAAAGAGACAGCUUAAAUCCUUCCUUGGUGACCUCUCAAGUGCCUCUGAUAAGUCACUGGAGGAAAAAGUGUCUGCUGCUCCUGUACCAUUUUCUGAGGAUGAAGUCUUAUCCUCUUUUUCCAGACUGACACUGGACUCACAUUUGGGCAAGCAAGGUGAGGAUGGCUCUUUGUCACCCAGUAGCCCUCAGUCCAGAAAAAGCAAGAUUCCAAGGCCAGUGUCUUGGGCUACUACUGAUCAAGUCACCAGUUCAAGCUCAGCUCAGUUCUUUCCUCGGCCACCACCAGGAAGACCACCACCAAGACCUGGGGUAGAAGCCAGGUUACGCAGGUACAGAGUCAUUGGGAGUAGCAGCUCGGACUCGGACCUUAUCUCUCGUCUGGCUCAAAUCCUUCAGAAUGGAUCUCAAAGACCAAGGAGUUCCACCCAGUGUAAGAGUCCAGGAUCUCCACAUAGCCCCAAAACACCACCCAAAAGCCCUGUCAUCCCCCGACGCAGCCCUAGUGCCUCCCCUAGGAGCUCUUCUUUACCCCGUACUGCCAGUUCUUCACCAUCCCGGGCUGGGAGGCCUCACCAUGACCAGAGGAGUUCAUCCCCACACCUUGGAAGGAGUAAAUCACCUCCUAGCCAUUCAGGCUCCUCAUCUUCUAGGAGAUCCUGCCAACAAGAUCACUGCUGCAGUAAACCAAGCAAGAAUGGUCUGAAAGGAUCUAGCAGUUCUUACCACCACUCCCCAAACACUAAAACCCCGACAGGGAAGAGCAAAUCCACCAGUAAACUUAGCAGAUAGGAACUGGGCCUUGACAGGUGUAAAAGCCUCCUUCUAAAUCUGAUGCAUGUUAUGUCUGUGUACUGUGUAUUUAAAAAAAAUCAAAAAAAAAUCAGUGUUGAAUCCUCGCUUUCAAAAGAAAGUUACCAUAUAAUAAAUUCCUUAUGACAAGACAUACUGUAUAAAUGAGUGGCCAGGCAUUGCCUAAAAACAGGCAGCAAGCAGAUCGAGGGGUGGGUUAGGGAGGGGGGGAAGAGGACAGAGAAGGAAUGUCAGGACAGUCGAAGAUACGUGAAACUUUUAAAGUUAAAAAUAUCUCUAAGGUGAGUGUUUUAAAACAUUUUUUUAAAAAUUAUUUAUUUUUAUUUUGCUUAGCUAGGAGAGUUGGCCUAAUUAUUUAAGGCCUGUCUCAAAAGAAUAUGUAACAGAACCUGAAACAUGAGUUUUUAUUUCUACAUUGACACCACCACCUCUAAGACAGCGACUGCUCAGGCCUGUAUUUGUAGUUUUAAAUAAGCACGUUAUUUGGACAGCUGAUAUUUCUGAUUUGCAUAUCUUUUCAGUGUUAGGCUGUGCACGUCUUUUUCCAAGUCAACUCAGUGCCCCUCCCAUUCUCCCUCUCCCGUGGCACAUAUUUCCCUACCUAAAAAAAUAACAAAUGUUACCCCUUCUUUUACAUUGAUGACAUUUUAAAAAUGAAUUUUAGACUUCCCAGAAGAGUUUUUAUAGCAAUAUUUUGCAGGGCAUUAAGAACUUUAUCUUAAAUUGUACUAACUUUGCCUUCCAGCACCAUAUGCUCCCUCCUGGCGUGCAUCCUGGAAGCAGUAAUUCCAGUCUGAGAUCUGGAUGAAGGAAGGAAAAGUCUGCACCCCAGAGGAUGGUUGCAGAUUUACAAUAUUGUGCAGUAUAUGUUAGGUCAGGUGUGUGGUAACUGUUUACAUGCUUAUUUGCAUACAAGAGAGUGCCCUUUUUCACAUUAGUAAUGGUACACUUAAGCCAUUUGGCAUUAUUCACAAUGUCACUCUCGACAUCAAACUCAGAAUAACAAUGUUGAGGAGGAAUUGAGACGAUUACAAACUCUGAUUAACAUUUUACCUUAUAAUUCUAGUUCAUAAAGAUGAAAUGUAGGUUGUUUUUAGGGCUAAAAGGCAAGUGCAGGAUCUGUAAACUUUGGGGGCUUAUAGUUGAGCAAAUAGGCCUUCACUUCUGCCUCUUACAGGGUCUGUAUGAGAAUGUUUGGCAUCAAAACCAUAAAGAAAACAAAUCUUAGACAACUUCCUUGGUGUCAUUCUUGUCUUCCUCUUGCCCAUAUGUCUCUUUGAGAAGCUUUGCUUCAUUGUCUGUGGAAUAAAGUCCAUGGUGUUUAAUUGUCCCAAACAAACUUUAUUUAAUAUCUCUUAAUAAUCACUCAUGCUGUAGAGGAUCAUUGUAGGACACUUAGAGGUACAGCAGCUUUUAAUACAUUCAGAAAUGGAAUAGUAGGUCAGAAUAGUAAAACUCAGAGGUGUAAGCAUAAAAAAGAUGCAACCAGCAUCCCUAAUACUAUGUAUCUCAGGGAUGUUGGAUGUGUGGAAACCUUGUUAGUUACUGAUCUGCUUGCUGUAGUCAUAUGCCUCUUCAGCCAGCAUCUAUGCUUUUUAUUUAACCUCUGUUUGCUGCCAAACUAAUACCUUUGGAUUCAAAAGGGAGUAUUCCUUCUCUGAGCUAACACGUCUCUAAUGCUGCAUCAAAGCUGUCCUGGAGCUGCACUGAAUUUCACUUGUUCUGUCUGACUGUGUUGGAAUUUUUUUAUUAACAUGUAUUUUGUUUCCCGUAAGUAAUGUAGCACAGUGUGGAACCUUAAUUUCAUUCAGGUUUCAAGCACUACAGAGGAAUGCAAUAGGUAGGGUAUACCUGCUUUUUUUGAAGAAACUGUACCAUUGGAAAGGCCUAUUUCUUUGUAUUAUAUUGUAUAAUAGGUGCUAUACUAAUAAUUGCAUGUCCUCAUGGUAAAUUAUAUAAUAUAAAUAUUUAUAAAUAUAUAUAUAUAUAUAUACACACACACAUAUAUAUAUAUAUAUAUAUAUACACACACACAUACACACACAUAUAUACAUAUGCUUAUAUAAACUCGCUUACUCUUUCUCAUUCUUCAUUUGUAAUUUAUGGACCAUAACUGAUGCAGUUCUGAUUCUGUUGUGCGCCUGAAUCUCUUGACAUUGCAUCUCCUGUUUCCUGAAAACAGUUGUCUGGCAUGCACAAAGUCUAACAGCCAUCACGCCUCAGUAUGGGAUUGAAGGGUUGGUGAUUUCUCAGCAAGCCAGUGUUUUGCCUUGCAGCAUUUCCUUUUUAUUUAUAGUUUUGUGCUUGUGUCUGUAUGUGAAACAGGAACAGCAACUCAAAGGUACUGUAUCUUUGAUUCCAAGAUAGGAUUUGUGAUUACUGGUUUUUAUUUUACCAUGUGAGUUUUUCAUCUCCAAUAUUCCUUAUGACACAGGAGCAGUGCUAAUUAAUGAAUAUCUAACAGAUAAAAAUGACAAAAAAAAAUCAAUCCCUUUAUGAUUUCCUAACUUAUUUAUUUCUGGUACACAGUAAAAAGAGUUGUAUCCCAAAAUACAUAUCUUUCCCCAGGGCCUGCAUAUACUGGUUCCUAAUGCAGCUCAUGUUUUUCCCCAUUUUUUCUGAAGAGCAUUCACUGUGGUCUUUAAGAUCUCUUUCUUUCACUGAGGUUAUUUUUGCCAUGGACUUUAGUGGGGGCAGUCCAGGCUUUACAGCCUUCCCCUAUAUGGAAAUUAAAGUGUUUCAGGAUCCUGACAUAGUGGUGUCCAGAAACAGGCAAUCACCAUUAUUGUAGGAAUAACUUGUUUUAGCAGUGACGAGAAACAUAAUAUAAACAUAAUAUCUAAAGAAGCUUUCCUACCGUCUUCUCGAAACUAAAGAUACCAUUGCUGCACAUUAUUCCCAAAACCCCAGAAAACGUAGGUGUUGUCAAAAUACAUUAGUACACUUGCACUUCCUGCCAAUGACAAGAGUGGAAGUAGGUCAGACUGGGGAUAAAAGUUAAAACCAGUAAUGAUACUCAUGGUUAUUUCAGUACAAGGCAUGGAAAAGAAUAACAUAUUACCUGGUAGUGGCAUACUACAGAUUUGAGUUACCAACACUGAUUCAGUAGCUGGUUAGAAAGCCAUUGGAUUGCUAAUGGAAGCAACAUUACAUGUUUAUUCUAUCCUAUCCUGUACUCUUCCCCCUCACUUUUCUACUUUCUGGAUUAUGUGGUACCUUUUUGCCCCAUUAAGUUCACAAAAUUUAGUAUUAUGAACUAAUUUAGCCAUUAGCAUAUGAAACUGUAAUAAUAAUCAAGCCUUAUAUCAUUGUUACCCUUGUAAUAUUUUAGGGGCCUCUCUCAUCAUCAAGAACCCUAUAGAGAAUUAAUGCCAGCAAUUUAAACAUUAUUAUUAUGCAUUUAACUCCAAUUGUUAAAAAAAUAAAAGGAUAAAUCAUUGGUCACUUUGCAAACUGAGUAAAUGGCUUUGUGGAGGGGACCUAUGCAAGACAGAGAUUCCUUUCUAGGUUUCAAAACAGCUAUAGUCUAUUCUGCAUAGGCUGCAGUAGUUUACACACAGUUCUUAGCCUUUGGAACUAUAUGGCUCAUGACACCCCCUCCUUCCAUUAUAAUCUCCAGUUAUGUAGAAGGAACUGCCAUGGAGCUGUGAUAUACAAGUCUUGAAGGUUCCUUCUGCAGAAUUUCUCUUUAAUGUCUCCCAUGUGCUCCUAAACUGUGGCAAUUCUCCUGAUGUUGGAGGUGUUUCUACCCACAUGAAGUCUAGGCAGAGGACAGAAUUUGUCCCUUCCUGAAUGGCCAGUGCUUUGGAGCAUUUUGAUACAGCUGUCAGUAUGGGCCCCUUAAUAUAUUAAGUACAAUAAAAUCCAACAGCAUAUGAAACUUCACUCCCAAACAACAGAUUUUUGUGCUGCUGUUUUGUACAACUGAGUGUGUUUAGUUUACAGUCUUAAAAAUGUACACUAAUAUUAGUAAAAUCUUUUAAUGGUAUAAAUUGACAGUGUUUCUAACUAUAAGAAAAAUCCUGCCCUAACCUGAAGAGGUAUAUGUUGUGCUAGAGUUGACAGAGAGCAUUGCCACUAGAGCAGGAUAGGAUGGCUUAAGGUGGGCGUGGGUAAUAUGCUGCUAGGUUCACACUGCUGCUCUAACAAAAGAGUGUUUGGCCCUACCACAGUUACAGGCUGGAGGUCCCAAUAGUUGGCAGUCACCUUUGGGAACUUGCAGAACAGAAUCUGCCCAUGUUGUUUGCAUGGGUGAGAAGCUUUUAAUGCCUACUCCUCACAGAACACUCAUGUGCCACAGGGCAACAUCGUGUCCAUUGUGUUUUAGGAUGUGCUUGAAACCACUUCUAAUCAAGAUCUGAGUUCUGAGAGCUGCAUUGCUUCCAUAGCUUAGGGUUAUGUGAAGUAAACUAUAUCAGGGGAGAUAUUAAACUUGAUCUUUUGAAGGUAGUUCAUAAAAGUGUGUGGGAAUGGCUUCAGUCAUUGCUUCUUUGUUCAUUAGACUUCAGCUGCUAAAGUUAUUUGAGGCCUUAGUGUACUUUCAUUUAUUCUAAAUUCCUCUUCGAACUUACCAGUCUUCAGCCCUGGCAUAAUUCCAUCACUGGCCGUCUUCCAAAUGACAGGCCUGAUCCUACAAUCCUUUCUUGGGCAAAAUUCUCAUAUUCCUUCUACAUUGUGUGGAAAUGACUGGGCUGUAAUGCUGCUAAGAGUGUAAUUAUUUUCCUGUAAAGAAGAAUGUGGGCAAGGCUAGACUGUAUACUACAUUAUUUUUCCUGUAAACAUGUGGCCUUUUCCAUAAUGAAUUGUUCCUUUUUGCCACUGUACUAGAGACAUGACUUUUGGUAGCAGUGUCAAUAUAACAAUGAAGAACUGCCAGAGGAUGAUUAUUUCAGUUUCUAAAAAGUAAGUUAGGGGUAAAGAACCAGAUGCGUGCCUAUAUUUUUAAAUAUAUUUCUUUCCUUUUGUUUCACCUAAAAACAUUGUUUUUACAUUUCCUUGUUGUGACGGACUGAACCUUCCAAAAAUGAAUUGGAGGAAUACACCAAUUGGUUUCCUGUCACUAGUGUAUAAAAUAAUACUCUUGUUUUCUUACAAAGCUAAUCUGUGAGGAGGUGCUGAAUGUCCUCACCUUCUGUUGACUUCAGUGAGAGAGGGCAUUCACCUUGCAGGACUGGGCACAAAAGGUACACUUUAUUGUUCAGAUGACUAGUUCUUCAUCUAUGCUUCCACUAUCCACAGUUGGCAGCCUGGAAUUUAACCAACCUGUAGCACCUAAUCAUGUCUCCUGUAUUUAAUGGUGCUGAAAGAUUUGAAUGGUCCUUGCUAUUACCACAACUUGUAGAGCAGUACCUAAUCCUUUCUUGCACCUCUUUGGGGCAUACACAAGGGAUGCAUCUACAAGUUGCCCUACGUCGCUAUAGUGAUGCACUGUGGCACACUACGGUGACAUAGUGAUCACACAUGGGUCUACACAUGAUCAGCAGCUACAUCACUGUAGUGGUGUGCUCCCGUUUUAGUACACUACUACGGCGACGUAGUGGCUAAAUCAAAUCGUGUGCUGUGCGCAUGGCACAGUACAAGCAGUUACUGCUCCAUGCCUUAGUACUUCCAAAAGGAAGUACUAAAGCACAGUGCCAUAGCAACAUUGCCAUAUGGCAAUAUGUAGAUGCAUAAAUAAACUAGACAGAGAACUUUGCUUUUAGUUAGAUUGCAUUUGCAAUUUUCAGUAAUCAGUAACUUUGGAAAAGGGACAGAGGUUCAUUUUUUUGCUGAGAAUGACAUAUAAGGACAGGUCUUAUGGACCAUGGGUCUUAAGAUAAUGCAUAGGUACAUACAGUUUACUUUACAUGUUCUUGCCAUCCUACCUGAAGAUCAGUCUUACUUCCUCCCUACCUCCCCCGCCAUAACCUUUGAAAAAAAAAGCCAGUGAAAUGAAGGUGAGUGAAUUGUGCAAUGACGUCCUAAGUUUAUUUAGCAUGCUUUCUGAAGCAGAGGUGUUUGUAUGAUCACAAUGACAACAUGUUUUAAAUCAUUUGACUUUAUCUUACUAUUAGUAGUCAUAUCUUUCUUUAAGAAAAAAAUAUGUUUAUUAUCUUUAGGUCCUGUAUGUUAACUUGGUGACUACACCAUCAAUUCAGAUUUUAAUUGAGUUUGUUUUUCUUUCAUCAUUAAUAACAAAGUGUCUCCUAACAGCAAUGGCAAAACCCCUUUAUUUGAGACCCUUGCAAUGUGGUUUUCAGUUGCCGCUUGCUUUCCAAAAUACUUAUUAUGUAUGUGGGACAAUUGUGGGAAUGACAGAUGUCCUUCUGGGAAAGCUCUUGAUUGAGAGAUGGGAUAUAUUCAUAAAUAGUCAUGCAGGUAUGAAAGAAAAUUCUGAACAAAAAGUUUAGGCAUGGAUUUGAACUUUCUCAAGAUUCCAUGGUAUUGGGAGCCUCUGCUUUGGUUCAGAAUUCAUCUUUCAUUAGGGCUGCGGAAUAACAUUGACCUUAAAUAUAGCACUUUUAACUGCUAAUGCCAAAAUAAAUGUCUUGCUUAUGCACACAUGAAUUUGUGGUUUCAGAUGUUUUGCCUCUUAGGCUUUCACCAGUACCUUUUUCCAAUAGACUUUGGUUUAUGUAGUAUAUUUUACUACAACUUCUAUUAUUCCUGCCUACAUGUACCUUAGGUCCUGGGCUUGUCUUUCUGUUCUCCAACAGGUAAAACUCUUAUUGAAGUCAACAGAAGUUUCUGACUUUAGGGGCUGAAGGAAUGGACCUAUUCUGCAGACAUUAUAUUUACAGUUACGGUUAUUUUAUCAGAAAAAUUAGUAUUUGUUUUGUGGUCGCAGUGCAGGUUCUUGCUUUUCUUGUAUUGUAGCAAAUAUUGCUGUGAAGCAGCCAUGUUGUGGCCAGGCAUGCAGUCUUUUCUGAAGUAUCACAGAUGAACUCCUCGCAUGAGGUGCUGACCAUCCACAACUCUAGUAGAAGUUAUUGUGAGUUGCAGAUGUUUAUCUCCUUUUGGGACCAGUUCAUCUGGGACCUGACCAGUACAUACAUGUUCUAAAGUCAGGAAAACAUGCAUCUCCCAUAAAGUACAAUGUGAUGGGCCUAAUCUUUCCACAUCUCAGCUCUCCUAAACCCACAUCUGCUGCAUAACAGAACAAGAUCAUCAUGGUUUGACACCAAGAGAAUACUUUUUUCUUUGAUUUUCAAUUUUACAGAGACCCCUUUCCUCUUUCUGACAGAAUUGCAGGAUUAGUUGUCCAGCAAUCUUCCCUGCACUCUAUAACUUUCCUGGCUAGGUGGCAAGAUUCUGAAGUCUUCCUCUGACUUCUGAUUCUUCCAUUGAAUCAACCCAGAGACCAGCUGCUAUGCAGUUGCUGGCAGCUACUAAUUUUUCAACUGCUUUCAGACCAGUAUUCAAUUCAAUAAAUUAAGGAAAUCACCAGCAAAGCUUUGAGAUAAGUGCUGAACUUUGGAAUCUGUGAACUGAUGGCUGCUUAUUGAAAAUCUCUGGGCAAUACCACAUACCAUGAAAAUCUGUACAGUAACUAAAAAUAAAAUGUUAAUUGAAUAUGAUAAAAAUAUUUACUUAAGGAUAAAAUCUAUGGUGUAACUCAUUUAGGUGGAAACUGUUCCCAUAUGGUAUUUGUUACCACUGUGAGUGGCAAGUGUUGAGAGUUCUCCAGGCUUUUUUCCCCUUCACUCAUGUCCCCCUCCCAACCACAUCCUCUCCCACCCCCCAGGAAAAUUUUAUAUAAGCCAUUAUUUUUCUUUUUUUAAUUUUGCUCAGGCAUUCAGGAACAUAAGGUAUCGGCAGAAGAGCUAUUGCCCUUGUAAUGGUCAUUUGUACAUAAAGGUAUAAUUAUUUAUUUUUUCCAUUUGUACCAUAUCAAGGCUUUGUACAAUGUUUUAAGUUCUGUUUUGAAAUUAUUUUGUAUUUUAUUUUUAUAAACUGGUUCUAAAUAAAAUAUUCAUUCAGCAUGCAAAACUUCAA